UAGAGCGAUUCCAUGAGCGAGAAAGAGACACAGAGACGGAGAGGGAGAGCACAAAGAGGAGAUGGGGACCGAACACUGAGAUAGAGGUAGUUGGCAAGACUGAGAUCUGCACACAAGCGUGAGCAAAGGAGGGGAAGGAGGAAGAGAGUGGAGGCUGAAGGAGAGCGGGAGGAGGGGGAGAGAGGGAUGCAAGAUGAUGGAACCCAGAAAUAGGCUUCACAGGACAGAUUUUCAUCCCCGCUCUCUGCGGCAGACAUGACUCUGGGCAUUGGACUGUGCUGAAAUUAGCCAGGGGGACAACACAGGACAGCAGGUCUGCAGCGCAUUGCCUUGGUUGAGCCUCCCUGGAUGCAGCAAGGCAGCUGAUUUAUUACUGAAGGGCUGGGUGGCAGCGUAUUUGCGUGUGCAGCUCUGAGUGUGUGUGUGUGUGUGUGUGUGUGCAGGUUUUUAUGGGUCCUUGUAGCGCUCGGAGCUGUGGGAGCGACCAUUCCUCCAGUCAUAAAAUGACAUUCAGCAGGCAGCAGCUUUGUGUGCUGGUGUGGAUCUGCAGUCCUCAGUAGGAAGUGGGAGAGUGGGAUUCGGAGCUGUCAUCGAGUGUGUGUGUGUGUUUACAGUGCUGUUUGCUGAGGUGAGCCGUGGAGGAUCAGCUGUAUGCAGUGUGUGUUUAGGUUAGAGUAGCAAGGGUGCAGCAAAGGCAAAUAUCCUAUACAAUGCAAGGACGAGCACAGAGCAGCACUGAUGGCAGGCAGUGCAGGUAAAGUACAAGGAAUGCCCUGGGGGUAGGGUGGAGGACGAAGGCAGGGACAGAGGAGGAAGAGGAGAAAAGAGCAAGAGGACGGAGAGAGGCAAAUGGAAAAGAGUGGGUGAUCAUGGCUGUCAUGCAGUGAGCUAUAGCAUAAGGUAUGCUGUAGCGCAGAACAGAGUGGUGCGGCAGGGGGAGGACAAGCAUCACCGUGCAAGGGAGGGGGAGAAGGGAAGAGGCUGAGCGAGAGAGGAGGGGGAGGCAAUCAGCUCAGCACCUCUCCUCCACCAGAGGAGGAGAAGCACAACGGGACGGGCCCAGGAGAAGACACUCACUCUCAUACACACAGUCAAAGACGCACUGCCGAGCGGCCAGGUCAACGAGUAGAGGUCAAAAGGGAGCUGGUGCGGGACGGGGGUUGGGUGUUCACCUGAGCGCACAAGCGUUCCACAAGAGCGCAGGCUGGUCCUGGGAAGAAGAAGAAGAAGAAGAAGAGGAAGAAGAAGAAGAAGAAGAAGGAGCCCCCACCCCAGUCCAGUUUCUUCUGACAGCUCUGCCACUUUUCCAUCACCAUGGGGGAAUGGACCAUUUUGGAGAGGCUGCUGGAGGCGGCUGUCCAGCAGCACUCUACCAUGAUUGGAAGGUGGCCAGAAAAAGGAGACCAAAGGGAUGUCCGUGUUGCUCUGUUUCUGCUGGAUAUGAUCCUGCUGACAGUGGUGGUGAUUUUCCGUAUCCUGAUAGUAGGCAUAGUGGGGGAGAAGGUAUAUGAAGAUGAGCAAAUCAUGUUCAUUUGUAACACCAUGCAGCCCGGCUGCAACCAGGCUUGUUAUGACAAGGCCUUCCCCAUCUCGCACAUCCGCUACUGGGUCUUUCAGAUCAUCUUGGUGUGCACGCCCAGCCUGUGCUUCAUCACAUAUUCUGUUCACCAGUCUGCUAAAGCACGUGACCGAAGCUACUCUCUCCUGCAUCCUUACAUGGACCACCAUGGUCACGGUCACCACAGUCGCCAUCAUGACCAUCAUGCUCGCAAGCUUCACUCGCGCAACAUCAACGGCAUCCUGGUGCACCCUGACAGCAGUAAGGAGGAUCAUGACUGCCUGGAGGUCAAGGAGAUCCCUAACGGACCCCGGGGAUUCCCUCAAACACACAAGAGUUCCAAAGUGCGACGACAGGAAGGCAUCUCCCGUUUCUAUGUCAUCCAGGUGGUGUUCCGCAACGCGCUGGAGAUCGGAUUCUUGGCUGGCCAGUACUUUCUGUACGGCUUUAAUGUGCCAGGGAUGUUUGAGUGUGAUCGCUACCCAUGUGUGAAGGAGGUGGAGUGUUACGUGUCACGUCCCACAGAAAAGACCGUGUUUCUGGUCUUUAUGUUUGCAGUAAGUGGCAUAUGUGUGCUGCUCAACCUGGCUGAGCUCAACCACCUCGGCUGGAGGAAGAUAAAGACGGCCAUGCAAGGGGUGCAGGCCCGAAGGAAGUCCAUCUGUGAAGUACGCAAGAAGGAUGUUUCACACCUGUCCCAGACCCCAAACCUGGGCAGGACCCAGUCUAGUGAGUCAGCUUACGUCUGACAGAGGCUUCUCUGCCCCGGGGCUUGAGGACCUCUUAGAUUUUGGAGAAGAGCUUUUCCCUGGCCCAGGACCCCCGAUCACUAGGGCACAAAACUCACCACUGCAUUAUUAUUCAGGAGCACAGAAAAACUCUGUGUAGUCACGAUGAAGCAUCAAUUCACAAAGUAGAAUCUUUGACACUUCAAGAGACAAGAAUCACCUUCCUAUCAAGGCAGCUUUGUUGCUGUAACAAUGCUUACACCUAAAACUUACAUGAUGGAGAGUUCUGCUCUGCCUAGGUGACACUAGGUGCCUUCAAAGAACCCAACAGACGAAACUGAGCAAUUACUAAUAUUAAAAUACUGUAAAGAUAGUCUGAGGUUGAAUUAUCUGAAGUUCUUCAUUAUUUGCCUUUGCUGUAAGUCAGAAAUAAUCCCCUUAUUUUCUAAUUAUGCGCAUAUGCAAGAGCUUAAGCGUGUGCAUGCAUACGCAUGUGUAUGGGGAAAAAAAGCCAAUCUCAGACUUCAGUCAGAAAAUUUAAUGCUAAGCUAAUCUGAGCUACUGAGAGAAAGAUAAUGUUAUUUCUCAUUGUCCAUAAUCUUUGAAUAAAGUCACUCAGUGGACAAACACGUACCUUUUGUAAGAAACAUGUACUAAAAUUAUCAGCAUAAACUGGAACACAGUACUUGUUGUCCAGGCAUUUUCCUAAAAAUUGUCACUGUUCUUUAUGUUUUUUUGUUGCAUUAGGUGCCAGUCAGACUACAGACUGACAUUGCUUUUGUUCAAAGUGAGACACAUGGUGCAUAGAACAUUAGAGUUAGAUUUACUUUCCAACACUGUGCUACGCACCACAAUGCUCCCAAUGCCUACAAGGCAUGCUGUUUACUCUCAGAAGCCACUGAAAACUGUCAAGGAACAUGUGCUAGUGUUUCCACUUGGGCUUCUAAAGUGUGAUCGCUGUCUAAGGGGCUGAAUCUAGUUAUAUAAAGAUUUUUUUUUUAAAUAAACAGGAAAAAGUAUUGUAGUCAGAAAUAUUUUAAGGUGUAACCUCAAGCUUUCACAAGCAGAUCUGGUGCCAUAUUCCAAAGUUACUGUACAUAGAUGAAAUGUAAUACACUUAGCCUUUUCCCUAUGCGGUAUAGAUGAGCUUCACUUGGACAGGGUAACAUUGGUUUGGGUGGUGCUGAAGAUUAAUCAUAGAUUGCCAGCUUUAAUAAUAUGUAUUAUUAAUGUGCUCUUUGUUAAGCCUUCACCCUCUAAUGGAGACUAUAUUUUCCGGAAAGUGUUUUCUCCCCUAUGGACUGUGAAAAAGGCAUGUUACUGAAGCAUUAAUAGAAUGGAUAGAUUAUGACAUGUAACUUAAAAAGAGACUGUUUUAUUUAUUUGCAUCCUGCUCUGUGAAAUGUAAUACUAGCAUGCAUGAAGAUGAAAAAUAUAAAGAGAUAUGAACAUAGAAUCCCACUAUGGGAAUGUUGAAAGUGAAUACCCGAAAGGCUCCAAAACUGCAGCAAUAAUAAUAUAUAGUAUGUGAAAAAAUACGUGAAUAAAUUAUUAUGCAAACGGUGAUUUCGAUUGUGCUGUGUUCAACAUAUAAGUGAUAAUUACUAUGUAUUGCUGUUUUUAUUUUUAUCAGGAUGUUAGUGUUAAAUAACUGUAUCCCAGUCACAUUUUACACAUAAAGAAGUCCACCCACUACUCCCACUACACUUCUACCACAAUGUGAAAAUCGAUUAUAAGUAACAGUCCUGCAUUCAAAAAUGCUACUUAGCUAAAAGUUCGUAAGUAUUAUCAGAAAAAUGUAUUUAAGUAUCAAAAGUUGAAGUACUUGUAAUGCAGACAAUCUCCCUUGUGUGUGAUUUAUUUUUUGGGUUGUAAUACUUUACUAAUACAUUAAUGUUUGAGUAGUCUUUUACUGUUGUAGAUGUUCAAUGUGGAGCUCAUUUGAUCGACUUUUUUGGGAAGUUAAAGCUAUAGUUAUAGCUAUAGCUAAAGCUAUAGAGUUCUUCAUAUGUUUUGUAUCUGCAACGUAACUAUAACUGUCAAAUCAGUAAAGAGGAGUACAGUGCAAAA